AUUUUUUCUCUUUUUCAACGGAAUCUUUAUAGUUCAAAUGAAUCUUGUUCAUGCAAAGAGUAGUCCUUUGUCUGCCAAACGAUCACUCAGUUCCGUGUCUUCACCAGAGUCCUUGAAGAACACGCUGGCUUUACAGUCACGGUAGGUUGAGAAAGCAGCCAAGCUUAGGAAACUUUUUUUUUCUGGCCUUUUCUUGCUUAGAACCACAUACCCUUUUUUUAUAUACCAAACAUCACUCAUUGUCUAUAUAGAAUGGCGGCCAACCGCAUGCUCAAGAAACGACGACUCAGCAGUGGCAGCGAAAGCCGAAGCAGCGUAAGCAGUCGCGAAGAAGGUGGUGACGAAAGGCCCGAAUCCAGCGAUUCCGAAGACGAUCGCGAAGGCGUUUCCAACUAUUAUUCGUCUGCGACAAACCCAGUAGAGGAAUCCGGAACGGUGCCACCCAAAGGUAUAUCGUUUAGACCGACUACAAGGCGCCAGGCCGGUACACCUUUUCUUAUCGACGGGGAGGCACCGCGUCGAAAGGAAGGAUUGGAACGAUUUGAAACGAGUAAAAAUUACGGACCUGGGCGACGUCGAUCUACGGAUUAUAAAGGCCAAUUGAUGGAUUUCAUCGAUCAGAUUUACCCUCCUCUUGUAUGCUCCGUAUGUUAUCAGACUUCGACCGGACGAGCCGAUGCCGAACAACAUCUCAAAGAAACUCACAAAGGCGUGAAAUCCUAUUCAUGUAUGCAUCCAUCGUGUGAACAUGCCUACAGUUCACGGGCCGGUUUAAGGUAUCACUUGGAGCAUGCUCACACUAUAUCCAUUGAAGUCAAUCAUAAAUUCCAAACGAUAUCUUCCGCUAAAGAGGCCAAGCCAUCCUCGGUGCACUCGUCCAAGAAGAAAUUACCGAUUUUGUCCGCCGAAUUGCGAGCCAUGCUGGAUGCGGAGUAUGAUCCGCUCGUGUGCCCGCGAAAAGACUGCAAGGAACGAUUUGAACGAAAGGCCUACAUGCUUCGUCACAUGCAAUCCGCUCAUCCGCGGCAAUUCCUCUAUACUUGUUUCUUUCCCGAGUGUACAGGCACCAAGACCUAUUCUACCCGUAAUGGCUUGAUAUAUCAUUUGGUCAGUAUUCAUAAUGGUGACCUACCGGCCCAACAGUAGGUCUGUCUCACCAUCGCAGCUCUCCCACUGUCGUAUCAUUUUGGCGGUUGUAUAUAAUUUUCGCAUAUUCAAAGUAUCAAAUUUCUGGUUUUUCUUUUUGGUUUUUCAUAUUUUUUUUUUUUCUGUUCAAAAAGCGAGGCAAGCACUCGAUAGACUUUUUUUUCGAUUUCGGCAUUGUUGCUGUCUUGUCUAUGCUUCAUAACUUGGCACAUCACUAUUUUUCAUUACUUCAUAUUCUUUAUUGCCCAAAACGGGACAUAUUUUCCCCCAUUGACAAUAAACUUGCAUUACUUACAGUAGAAUUUUUC